CUCAUGCUGGCUGGCCUGGGAAAACGUUCGCUGACUAUAUGUGAAAACAUGACCCAUUCAGAGUUUUCAGAUUUGCUGCUUAGUACAUAUCCAAGACUGGCAAACAUCUGUGGUGGCUGGAUGCUGCACAAGUCCACAGGUGGGAGUGGGCGGCGGAGCUUGGUCGUCAUACCGCCAGAUCUGAAUGGAUACACUGGCCAACAGCUAAAAGCUGUCAGUGGGAAUGGGAAAUAUACUUUGUACAUUUCUCCUUUACAAGAAGAGCUGGAUAAAAUCCCAUUACCACCCGAGGCAAAGGAGUUUCAGGACAUGCCCAAAGCCCAGUGCACAAUCUGCCAAAAAUGUUUUCCACUUCAGAUUCUUCCUGUGCACGUCAAGCAAUGCAAGACAGAACUGGUAGAUUUGUGCUGUUCUGUUGAAGAGGAAAGCUGCAACGAAGAACAUGAAUUCCCAGAUUUCAUGUGCAACCAGACAGACAAGGUGAAAUUGUUUGUGCUUUCCUGCAAAGCAUUUGAAGUGGACAUAAUUGAGAUCCAUGCAGCCAGAUGCGGAUUACGACCUUCAGAUAAUGAUGGCCAUGCGUCAAGUGGAUCGGUCAGUCAGAUCAGUACCUUUCAAAGCAGAGGCAUGCAACAGUGGCAACGGCAGAAGAAGACAUCUCCCAAAUGUAGACUUAAAGUCACAUUCUUUGGCGAGGCAGGCAUCGAUACUGGUGCCCUUAGCAAAGAAUUCCUCACAGAAAUGGUGGCAGAGAUCGAAAACAGACUCUUUGUUGGAGGGCCAGAUAAGAAAGGGAAGAAUCCUGUGUAUUGUCUCAACAGUUUGGAUUCUAACUACUUCAGGAGUGCAGGAGAGGUCAUGGCAGCUAGCCUGGCACAAGGCGGACCUUGCCCUAACUUAAUGCGCGAGUGGUGCUUCAGAUAUCUCUGCUCCGGUGACUCUGAUAGCAUACAAGUGUCUGCCAGUGAUGUAACAGAUUUUGAACUGUCAGAGCUUAUUGAGAGGAUAAACAGCGCCGGUAAUGACAACAUCAGUGAUUUAGCUGACCAUAUUGUGACCUGCGGAUACACUGGAAUCGUGUCUAUGGGGAAAAAAGACAGCAUGAUAAGAACUGUUGUACUUCACUCCACCAUGAGAGUCAUCCCGAUGCUAGACCAGCUGAGAAAAGGCCUGCAGCUGUAUGACCUACCAAAGGUCAUGAAGACCCAUCAAGACCUCUGCCUACCACUGUUUGUUCCAGGGGAAGAUGAUAAGGCGGAUGCAGCCUUCCUUCUGGAGAGGAGCCGCCCCGUCUUCAGUGAGAUGGGUACGGCCAAGCACCAAAAGGAAGUAAUGAUAAUGAACUUUUUCCAGGACUACCUUCAAGAACUUGAGGAUUCUGAACAAGAACAAGAAGGGGGCCCCAGCAACAGCAGUGUUGCUCCCGAAAACUUGAAUGUAGGACGUGUCAUGCAAUGGAUGACAGGACAGCGGCACAAGCCUGUUCUGCCCAGCGACAAGAGGGACUUUGUCGUCAAUAUAAAAUUCUGCCAUGACUGUGACACGCAACACACGGUUUGCUUUCCCACUGUAAGCGCCUGCAGUCGCACGGUCACUUUCCCCUCAGCUCACCUGGGAACGUACAGUGAGUUCAAAAACAUUGUGACGCUAGCCAUAUGCCACGGGCAAACGUUUGACAGAGUGUAACCUUCCUGUUUCAGUCAACUUUUUAGUUUUUCAUGGCUACAAAACCAUUGCUAUUCUGUUGGUGCAUGUUACUCUUCAAAAACUUGACUCGCAAACAAAAAAAAAUACUGUGGGCAUUCUGAACAAACUUUUUAUUCUGUAAUGGAAAUUUCUUUUUUCCAUAAACAUGUGUGGGACUCCUGUCUCAUAUAAAAUUGAA